AUGACUGAUGCAGACACUGUCAGGACUUUCAAUUUUGCGUCUGCUGCUGUCAGCACUGCAAGCAAGCCGGAGAAAGUUGCUUGGUUGCCUGAGCACAAUUUUCAGAUUAAUAAUAUCUUCAAUACAAAAGGAUCAAUGCGCCUUUCUGAUAUGUUGAUGCAAGCGAGAAAGAAGCGUAAGUGUUCAACUUGGAUGGGAGAAACUGUUUGGAAUGAUCUUGAGAAGAUAUGGAUGGAUCCGUCGUUUAAGAAGAUAUCAAAUCAAGCUAAGAAAAAUCGUGCUUCUUCUAAAGGAGGAGCUGUCCAUACUGGUGGAUCUAUAUCCAUUACUGAACAUACCAUUCGAUUGACUGAAGAGUUAGGUAGAAACCCCACAUUGGAUGAGGUCUUUUUAACAACUCACACUAAGAAGAAGGACAACUCUUUGGUUGAUGAAAGAGCAAAAAAAACAUAUGAAACAUAUCAAGGUAAGUUGCAACAAGCUUCCAAAAAUGGGGAAGCGUCUAGUAGUUGUAGCCAAGUGGUUAAUGCAGAAGCACGCUUAGACAUGUGGGUCCAAUCUGUUGGGGGGAAGAAUAAAUGGAGGAUCUAUGGUGCUGGAGAUAGAUCCUCACUUUAUAGACCAGGUGUCAUAGCUGCACAGAUAGCAACAUUUGAGGAGCGAGCAAAAGCGGCAGAACACGAGGCACGAGAGGCGCGGGAGGAGCUAAGGAAAGCAGAACAACGUCGACAAGAGGAUGAGCAACGCACUAAAGAGCUCCAGAUACAGCUAGUAACAUUGGCAAAAAGUGUUGCUUCCAUACAGGCUGAGUCAUCCCGUCGUCGUCGUCAUCCAGAUUAUGACGAGGAUGAGUCUAACGAUGAUGACGGCGAUGAGUAG